UAAUUACAAUAACAAAUAUUAAUUUCAACAGUAUUUUAAAUAUAAUGGCUGUGAAAUACAGAUGAAUGGACAGACAGACCAGGUGAUGAGACUACAAAGCUUUCUUAUUCUACAAGAGAACCCUAAAAAUAUCAAAUUGCUUCUCAACAAGUUCAUCAUGACACCCAUCCCCUGUAACAAAUUUAUGUUUUUCAUAGUACAAAAUUAAUGAUUAUGUUAAAAUAUUGAUGAUGAUCCCAAAGUAGUCAUUCUAAAAACACUCGACAUUUUAUGUAAUUUUAUUCCUCUAAAUGUACACCAAAAUUAGGUUCAUCCACAGAGGAGCUAUCGCCAUAUUGGAUGAAUGAUGACGUCACAAACUACGCCAUUUUUAUUCUGGUAAAUAUUGUAAAUAGCCGUUGGAUUUUGGGUAAACCAAUUUUGUACAACGUAAAUACACGUCGUUUUGCUUUAAAAUGGAAAUACUUACAUAUUCAUGAAAAUGUGUACGAACAUGGAUUGUCUGUGACCUAAUAAAGACAUUUCGCUCGACCCCUCGGCGUUACCUUCAGGACCUACGCAGUCGAGCUUGCCGCGGUUCGCUAACCAUUUGUGCGCACAUUGUCCCCUUGAAUAAAUAACUUGGUGCGUAAUCAUUAUUUUGAUGAGUUUUGCUGCGUUAUCCAGUGAUGUCUUGUAGUUUGUGUUGAUUGUGAAUGCGUCAAAGGUCAUCACGCAAUCUUAUCAUUUGCUCUUUAAAUAUUAGCGCCGUAGAUCAAACCAAGUCAGUUAACUGAGAGCAACGGAUGAACAUACAAAGCGAGAAAGUGUAAAAAAAAGUUACGUGCACAUUAUUUGACUGGAAGUUAUACUAGUGUUAUAAUAAUAGCUUAUUGAGUGUGAUACUUUUAGUGUUUUAAAUAAAUAAGUGAUAAAAAUGCCUAUUCGUCGUAGCAAGGUCUUAGUAAAAUGGAUAUACGAGAACCAGCACAAGAUGCAGACAAUACGAUGCUGCAGUUCAUUGCUGAGGUACAAAGAAGUGGAGGAAACUGCACAAAUAGAGCCCGAAACCAUCUCAGUGCCACACACAAAGCCGACACCACAAAUAACGCCAGAGUUCUCUUUCAAGUACAGCGACCUCCAAGUUAGAUUAGCAGCACCGUAUCAGUUACAGCCGAAACCAGACGCAAGUGCUUUAGGUUUUGGAAAGUAUUUUACAGACCACAUGCUUAAAAUACACUAUCACAAACAGCUGGGAGGCUGGCAGAAACCUGAAAUUAUACCAUUCGAACACCUCACCAUACACCCAGCAGCAAAAGCUCUACAUUAUGCUAUACAGUUAUUCGAAGGUAUGAAGGCGUAUCGGGGAAUAGAUGAUAAAUUACGGUUGUUUCGACCAGACCUAAAUAUGGAAAGAAUGAAUUUGGCAGCUCAGAGGUCCGGUCUACCAAUGUUUGACGGACUGGAAUUAAUAAAUUGCUUAAUUCGGCUUAUACAAAUAGACCAGGAGUGGGUUCCACACUCUGAAACUUCAACAUUGUAUGUACGACCUACUUUAAUAGGAACUGAGCCAACAUUCGGUGUGAUGGAGCCCGACUCAGCCCUUAUGUUCGUUAUCAUGAGUCCAGUAAGCGCUUACUACAAGACCAGGGAUGACGGUGCUGUCUCCAUCUAUGCAGAUCCGAGCGUUGUGCGAGCCUUCCCGGGCGGGGUCGGUAAUAGGAAAGUUGGCUCGAAUUAUGGACCGACUAUAGAGGUCACAGCACGAGCGGCGGAGUUAGGGCACCAACAAGUAUUAUGGUUAUUUGGACCAGAUAAAGAACUCACAGAAGUAGGGGCAAUGAACAUCUUUAUAGUUUACAUUAAUGAACAUGGAGAUAAGCAAUUAAGCACCCCGCCGUUAAAUGGACUCAUUUUGCCUGGAGUUACGCGCCGUUCUAUUCUGGAACUCGCCAGCCAGUGGGAAGACGUAACUGUCAAAGAGGAGGUCAUAACAAUGGAUCGCCUGAUCAAUCUCAACAAACAGGGACGGUUACUGGAGAUGUUCGGCGCCGGAACCGCAGUAGUGGUAACGCCCAUAAGCAACGUCGGCUACGUCGACCAAAACAUCCACAUCCCAACCAUGAAGCAAACGCAACCUGUAUACCAGCGGCUCAAGGACACGCUCCUAGCCAUCCAAUAUGGGCACAUAGAACAUCCAUUCUGCAAAAUCCUUUCAUAGUAUUAUGUGAGUGAAAUUUCCUAUGCAGCCUCCCAUAGUUUAAGACUUGAGUGACUUAAAACCCAGUGAGUGAACAAUAUGACGGACUCGAAAAAGCCGUAAAGGUACUUUGAGCUUUAAACUUCACUAAAAAGGAAAAUAUUUAAUUACGUAUGUGUAUAGGAAUGUUAAAGAAAAUUUCGUGAUGCUGGAUGCAAUACUUUGCGUUUGUUUUAACCAUAGAUAUACCAAAGUAUUAGUGCUGGAUCCUUAAAUUGGUGCUAAAAAGAUUUCUGAAAUUGGUGCUAAAAGCUCAUGCACAGUGUUGUCAAGUCUGUUGGAGCAUCACUCUCUGAACGAAAUAAAUUGUUAA